CAGAUUUAAAAGAAGUGUGUGUGAGCCACGAGAUUUAUACUAAUUAAAAGAAAAAUGUAAAAGGCCAUUCGGAUACAUGCUCAGAAUGGCUACCAAUGACCAUCUAUAUUAAAAUGGCCAAAACCUUUUUUACCUCUUAAUUGACGCAGGACAGGCUUUUCCUUGCUUAAAUUUUGCUUCUUGAGUGCAGGUUACACUUGCUGGUUUCAGCUCUGGCAAGUUUAUGAUAUUAGUGGCCAGGAAUGUGGCGGCAUGAGGAUUGGACAUCGAUGAUGUCCAGUUAAUUAUCCAAGGAUGCUGUAUGUGUGCAGGCCUCCACGUGAUGUUGAAGAAUAUACUAACAGAUCUGGACACACGGGGAGAGCUGGCAAUAUUGUAGUAGCUGUCGUGGUGUGCAAUCCAAGAAGUGCAAAUGUAUCUAAGAUCGAAAGAGAGUCUGGUGUAAAAUUUGAACACAUCAGUGCUCCGCAGCCAAGUGAUGUUGCUCAAGCUGCUGGUGUCGAAGCUGCAGAAUCAACAAGACAAAUUUCUGAUAGUGUCAUUCCAGCAUUCAAGUCUGCAGCCGAGCAACUACUGAACACGUCAGGCAUGUCAGCAGUUGAAUUACUUGCAAAGGCUCUUGCAAAGGCUUCUGGUUAUAGUGAAAUAAAGAGCAGAUCACUGCUUUCGUCACUUGAAAACCAUGUAACCCUACUUCUUGAGACUGGAAGGCCCAUUUAUACACCUUUGUAUGCUUUAGGUGUCCUCAGGAGAUUCUUGCCUGAAAACAAAGUAGAGUUUGUGAAGGUCUUAUUCUCACAGUUGACGGAAAUGGCAUUGUGUUUGAUGUGGCAGCUGAAGAUCUAGAUACUUUCCUUGCUGGUCAGGAGAAUGCAACAAAUGUAAGCUUAGAGGUGGUAAAAACAUUGCCAGGAGAGAGAUCAAUCAAGAGGGGGAAGAUUUGGCAGUGGGGGUGGUCGUGGCGGCUAUGGUGGUAGGGGCGGUGGUUUUUCUUGGGGGUAGAGGUGGUAGUUUUUCUGGCCAAAGGAAUGGCCGGUUUUCUGGUGGCUUCGGUGGUGGGAGAGGUCGUGGCAACAAUAGAAGGUGAUAAAAUAAUCUGCAGCCAGUUCCUUGGCGUCGGACCUUCCAGGACAAAAAAAAAGGCAUCAAUGUGAAAUUUUGGCUGAUUUUAUGAUUUUAGGAACCUAGCCUCAAGCGUUUGUAAUGAAUGACCCACCAUAGGAUAAAGUAUGUGGUACCUUGGUCCCAUAUCGUCCUAAUAUAUUUGGUAUAUUUUCUC